AUGGAACAAAUGAUUCAGAUGUUCCAGAAACUCAACAAAUUAAACAAUCAAACAGAAAAUCCAACCUCUGUCAAAAUUUCAGAAAAACUCAUAUAUCACAAUUACACAAAAUGGUGCAAAUUAAUGCACGUAGCCAUUGGAGGUCGAGGGCGGCUCAGCCACAUCACUGUCGUCCCUCCACCCCCAUCAGAUCCCAAUUACGUUCAAUGGGAACAAAGAGACGCCAUGGUCAUAUCAUGGAUAAUUGAGAACAUAGAUGGAGAGAUUGUCAAUCAGUUCCUAGAUUAUACGACAGCACAAAGUCUAUGGCUAGGAUUCGAAAGGCUUUUGGGAUAUGGAAGGGAUGAACUUCAAAUUUUUGAUCUCAGUUCCAAGGCAGCGACAAUGAAACAAGGCAAUGACACUAUAGAAACUUACUAUGGUAAACUAAACAUGUUGUGGAAAGACAUUGACCGGAGAAUGCCAAACCCGAUGACAUGCUCACAAGACAUAACCGAGUUUAAUAGAUACAUACAGAGACAACGACUUUACCAAUUCCUCAAUGGAAUUCAUGAUAAUAUUGACAAAGAAAGGAGAGAAAUCCUCAACAGUGUACCCUUACCGAUGGUGGAGAUAGCCUAUGCUACAAUCAAACGAGAAAUAACACGCCGGCGGAUUAUGAAUGGCCUCUCAUCUCUGGGAACAAAUCCCUCAGAUAUUGGAUCGGGCUUGGCCACAAGAAACAAAGCCUUCCAGAAAAGCCGAGAAGAAGAUGACCGGAGUAAACUCCGAUGUACUCAUUGUGGUGGUUCAAGGCAUAUAAGGAAGGAUGCUUCAAGAUUGUGGGAUACCCUGAGUGGUGGGACGAUCUACAGAAACAGCGGGCCGCCACCAAGGCACCGGCAAGCCGGACCGGCGGCAAGGCCCACCUAA